CGAAGUCGAACGACGGCGAGCAGCCCCCGAACUGAAAGGACGGUCUCAGGCAGCCUCCCGACAGCAGCUAUCCCAGGAUCAACCAGUCUCUUGGAUCGACUUCACGUCCCUGGACCAGGCUGGUGGUGGUGGUGGCGAGGUGGCCGGCCGCCUGGUCCGGGAUGGUGAGGCCCAGUUGGGCGACCUGCGCCCCUUUGUGGGCUUCUCGGGCUGGGCCGCCCUGCAGCUGGAGCUGGAGCUGCAGCGCGGCGUGUGGGUGCGGGCGAGGGCGCCCGACCGGCCCCAGCCGCUCUGGGCCCCGACCCCCCUCGCCCUCGGGCAGCAGCCGGGCGGGCCCUGCUGGCGCGCCUGCCUGCGCGCGUCGGGCAUGCGGGCCCUAUCGCUGGUGCCCCGGGGCGGGGAGGCGGGGGACGCCUCGCUGCGGCGGCGGGUGGAGGCGCAUUCGCUGGCGCAGGUGCAGGAGAUGGUGGACGCGCACGCCCAGGCCAGCGCGUGACCCCGUGGGCCGCCUCCUGCAGCCUGCGGCCCUCCGUGGUCUGCUCCCUCCCGCUGGCUCUGGCAGCUGCCACCGAUUCCGCCCCCGCCUCCUUGGGCUUUGGACUGGAGUGAAGAAAA